CGAUAGGUCUCAUUCACUGCUUCCAUGGCUAACGUUUCCGUUCUGAACCACGAACAACUGCAGUACCUUGCUCGUACACUUUACUACAAAGAAACAGAGGCCAUCCUGCAUACCAAAUUCAACUCCGAAACCGAACUCGCGAAACACCUCAAGGAUUGUAACGAUGGUUACCAAUCCGCUCUAGCCCUUUUGGAUGCAGGUAGUGAGUUAGAGCAUCGGUUUCGAAACGACGAAGCUCGGGCUUCUACAGCUCAGGAAAUCUUUGGUUAUAUAAUAAACGGGGCCAACUAUGCACUCCAGACGGUGCGAAAUUCUAGCUUGCGAUCGCAUUGUGUCGAAAAAGUUAGAGAGCAUGUGAAAUUGCUGGCCGAUGCAAUAGAAGUGGUACGCAACGUUAAUGAUGUGGCCAAGGAGGUAACUGAAUACAGGAAGGCUAUGUUGGAGUACACCAGGAGGCAUCAAAAUCCCCCAUCACGCGAAUUCUCAAGAUGGCUCAAAGGGAGUGGCAUUAAGUAUGAGGAAUUAGUGCAGAGGUAUCAGGCUAAGCUUAAAUUCCGAGGACGUUUCAAGGACCUGAAAGAUGUACAAAAGAUACAGGUGUACGAGGAAAUAAUAGAGGCAUCAGGGCGGGGAAAGGUUAAAGGUCAUCGGUUAUCAAAAGUCUUGGGGGUUGCUGGCAUAUCCGUGUUUCUUUUUUCUGCAGGCGUGACGGUAUGGGAAAUAUAUUUAGCUGACAACCCACUUCAAACGGCAACACGUGCGGCUGUGGUGGCUAUGUCAUCAGUUGGAGGUGCGACGCUAGGAAGCGCUAUAGGGGUUGCCCUGUCAAGCUGUCUCCCGGUACAUCCUUUAUUCGUGGUGAUGGCAGGAAUAAUAGUUAGCAUUGCAGGAGCUUUUAUUCUUGGGGAUUUCGCCGGCUGGUUGGUUGAUUUGAUUUUUAAAUCUGGGGGUAGUACCACCUUGAGCACUGAGGGGCUUCGGUGCUACGUAGCACCGAUGCCUGAUGGUGUCGCUUUAGCCCGCCAAAUUCUGCAUCAUCACCCACCAAAAUAUUAGAAAUUUAUGAUGUGCAUCUAUAUGGAUAAUAUUGUUGCAAGUAUAAAUCGUGAACUGAUGUGUUAAGUGUUUGUAUUGAUCCUAGCUUACAUUGCUGGAUUAAUCAGCAUUCGGUUUAAAUGAAAUUUUCCUUAUUUAAGUCUUACAGGUCUUAAGUAAGUGAGGUGCCUUGUGUCUUCAUCUCAUAAGGUGUAAGAUGGAAGGUUGUGAUUGCUUUGAUGUAAGCUUGCACAUUGCCAAAACUAUGUAACCGUUUGAAGAGUGUGGGAUUACUUCAGUCUCUCUCUUCUCAGCUCAUGUUGUAUGUGUGAAUGAAUUUUGCAGAGUAA